AACUGGGUGAGAUCACAAAUUUGUAAACUCUGCUGUAACAAGACAAGAAACCAGCUGAGGAAGACGAUAAUGACGCUGACAUGCUUUCCCAUAUUAUAAGAUAUUAAUUGAGGUGGCGUGCCCUUCCUGCUCUACAAGCACUUGCCUCUACUCCUUCUUCUUAUGAUUCCCUUUAGCGACUAAGCAACAUUAUUUACACUUAUUUAAAGGAAAAGCCAGUAGCAGAUUAAGCCAAGCAUUCUUUUGGGAAAGCAAUCCACUGUAACUGUUUUCUAAAGCCAUUGUCUUUUUGCCAUUUACUUGACGGAAUCGAAAGUGUGUUUUUGACAAAGAUCCGGGCUUUUAAAUACAAGAAGCAAAAGGGAAUCGUUGUUCUUCCCUCCUCUGUGGGUUUUGGUAUUUGGUUCUCUGGGAAACUCGGAAAAGGACAUGAGAACGACACAGAUACUAUUUCUUUUCUUUUGGUUCCUGGGCGUUCUGGCCUACAGGUCCUUUUGCGCCAAUGUCACGUACGACCACCGUGCAUUGGUCAUCGACGGCAAGCGCCGUAUCCUCAUCUCUGGUUCCAUUCAUUACCCUCGCAGUACCCCCGAGAUGUGGCCGGACCUUAUUCAGAAAUCCAAAGAUGGAGGACUGAAUGUGAUUGAAACCUACGUCUUCUGGAACAAGCACGAACCAGUGCGAGGCCAGUAUAAUUUUGAAGGUGGGAACGAUCUUGUGAAAUUUGUGAGGUUAGUAGGAGCAGCGGGCUUAUACGUGCAUCUACGGAUUGGCCCGUACGUAUGCGCUGAAUGGAACUAUGGUGGUUUCCCUCUCUGGUUGCAUUUUAUUCCUGGAAUUCAGUUCCGUACUGAUAAUGAACCAUUCAAGAGAGAAAUGCAGCGAUUUACUGCUAAAAUUGUGGACUUGAUGAAGCAAGAGAAACUCUAUGCGGCUCAGGGAGGACCUAUUAUUUUAUCUCAGAUUGAAAAUGAAUAUGGUAACGGUGACAUUGAGCCUCGCUAUGGUCCUGCUGCUAAACCUUACGUCAAGUGGGCGGCCGCAAUGGCCACAUCACUCAAUACGGGAGUUCCCUGGGUCAUGUGCCAGCAAGCAGAUGCUCCGGACCCCAUUAUUAAUACUUGCAAUGGAUUUUACUGUGAUCAAUUCACACCAAACUCUAACUCGAAACCAAAACUUUGGACUGAGAAUUGGAGUGGAUGGUUUCGAUCAUUUGGUGGUGCGGUUCCCUACAGACCUGUAGAAGAUCUUGCAUUUGCUGUGGCACGAUUUUUCCAGCGAGGUGGAACAUUACAGAAUUAUUAUAUGUACCAUGGUGGGACGAACUUUGACCGAACUUCUGGCGGACCGUUCAUUUCUACAAGCUAUGAUUAUGAUGCACCAAUUGAUGAGUAUGGAAUUAUUAGACAGCCUAAGUGGGGGCACCUCAAAGAUGUGCAUAAGGCCAUAAUGCUUUGUGAAGAAGCGUUGAUAGCCACUGAUCCCCAAAUUAAAUCACUUGGUCCAAAUCUAGAGGCUGCAGUUUACCAGGCAGGAUCUACAUGUGCUGCCUUUCUUGCCAAUGUGGGCACCUCAUCUGACGCAACAGUAAAUUUCAAUGGCAAUUCCUAUCACUUGCCCGCUUGGUCUGUGAGCAUCUUACCAGACUGCAAGAAUGUAGUGCUUAAUACUGCAAAGGUUAAUUCUCCAUCUACCAUUUCAAGCUUCACAAGAGAAAUUUUCAAAGAAGACGGUAAUUCUUUAGAAGGUUCUAGCUCUGGAUGGAGCUGGAUAGGUGAACCAGUAGGUAUUUCAAAAGCCAAUGCAUUCUCACAAGCUGGAUUACUGGAGCAAAUAAAUACAACAGCAGAUAGAAGUGACUACUUGUGGUACUCAUUGAGCAUUGAUCUUGAUGAUGGUGGCGGCCCUCAAACUGUCCUUCACAUCGAAUCACUUGGCCAUGCCGUUCAUGCAUUUAUUAAUGGGAAGCUUGCAGGGAGUGGAGUCCAUGAUGCUGCCAAAAAGUUGGACGUUCCUGUCACUCUUGCGGCUGGGAAGAACACGAUUGAUCUCUUGAGUCUCACCGUGGGACUUCAGAACUAUGGAGCCUUCUUUGACACAUGGGGUGCUGGGAUAACUGGCCCAGUUAGAUUGAACGGUUUGAAAAAUGCGAGCACUCUUGAUCUCUCCUCCCAGCAGUGGACAUAUCAGGUUGGUCUUCAAGGUGAAGAAUUAGGUUAUUCUGACGGAAGUUCUGGAAAAUGGAACUCGGGGUCCACCUUACCUAAGAAUCAACCAUUGACGUGGUACAAGACAAACUUCGCUGCUCCUUCUGGCUCUAACCCAGUAGCUAUUGACUUCACGGGUAUGGGGAAAGGUGAGGCUUGGGUAAAUGGACAAAGCAUCGGUCGAUUCUGGCCCACAUAUAUUGCUCCAAAGAGUGGUUGCAAUGAGGCAUGCAAUUACAGAGGGACUUAUAAUUCCAACAAAUGUCUCAAAAAUUGUGGAAAGCCAUCACAAUCAAUAUACCAUGUACCUCGCUCGUGGUUGCGUCCAAGUGGUAACAUACUCGUGUUGUUUGAGGAAAUCGGAGGGGAUCCAACUCAAAUAACUUUUGCUACAAGGCAGAUAGAAAGCCUGUGCGCACAUGUUUCAGAAUCCCACCCACCACCUGUAGACUCAUGGAAUACAGAAACCGAAUCAGGAAGAAAACUAGGGCCUGUACUUUCACUCGAGUGCCCUAAUCCUGAUCAGGUUAUCUCUUCCAUUAAAUUUGCUAGCUUCGGAACCCCUCGUGGCACUUGUGGGAACUUCAACCAUGGCCGCUGCACCAGCAAAAGAGCACUCUCCAUUUUACAGAAGGCCUGCGUCGGAUCAAGAAGCUGCAGUAUUGGGGUGUCAAUCGAUACAUUCGGCAAUCCAUGCAGUGAUGUGGCAAAGAGUUUGGCAGUUGAGGCUGCUUGUACAUAAUCACGCAGCUCCCGCACUUCGCUGGCCACAAGUAUCUAGUUUAAUGUGCUUCUUUAAGCAUAGCCAAAUUAGAAAUGGAAUUCAACAAAGAAAAAGAAAAGUCGUGUAGAACAGUUUAAUCUUACUUGCCUAAAAUAAAGGCAAGGACGAAGAAAAGAUUUUAACAGAUGGGUUAUAAAAUACAACUCAGUAACCCUACUCGAAGUGGUAGUUUCAAGCUGGUAAGUUGUCUUCAUCAACUAGUAUGGCCAAGCUGGAUAAACAGGACUCUUGCUCGAUGUGCCUUAAUUCCAUUUGUGUUGGAAAGCUAUGUGAUUCAAAUUGAUUAUUCGAAUAUUCAAUCCCAAAAAGAAGUGAUUAUUCGAUGUUUU